UGUGGAGCACUGGGGCGGCACUGUGGCGGACUUUUUGAUUUCACGCCGCUGCUCAACGGGAUAAAAAUGUUUAUACUCAGCAACCAAAAUAACUAACAAUACGGCGGCGUGUGUUUUCGCUGUGCCGCCUCCUUAUCUUUGAUACAAACGGUUUAAUAUAGUUUAUAAACUCGUGUCAGGAGUCAAACCGUUGUUAUUCUAAUGAACGUCAACUUACUCACGCGUUUGUCACAAACAGUACAACAUCCUCAGUAUGAGCACCUCGGGUCCUCCACUGAAAAAGAAAAGCUACAUGGGGCAGCACCAGAUCAAGAAGAAAAAAAGUUUGGCUCCUGAUGAACCACCAGACGGAGACAGGCUGUUGCAGAAACCCCUUUACAUACCAGGCAAAACAAACAUAAACAGCCACUUGGAUGGAGGAGCAGUGUUUCCACUGGGAGAAUCCACAUUAGCUCUUGAUGAAGAAAUGCUGCAGAUGCUGGAUGUUAUAGACCCCGUGAAGCCUGCAGCUAACAAUGCCUGCCCAACAACAGUAAAUAGACAUGCACAGGAAGAGCCAUCAUCAUCAUCAUCAGCUGCCUUUGCUCCGUUACGGGCUCUUGCACCAGCCAGUAAGAUUAAGAGUGACAGAGCACCUCAGCUCACAGGCCAAAGACCCCACAGAGCACCCAGCACCAAGCAGGGAGUCUGCGGGCAUAGUGAUGAUUGUAAGAGACCAGGAUGGAGUGCUGACUGCAAAGACCUUGCACAGAGGCUUCUCUUCAGUGAGGACUCUGAGGAAACGGAGCAUGCUCAGAGGGGCUCAGAGAACAUCCAGUCAUCACAAGCUUCGGCCUGCAUCAAUGGGCUAUCCUGUAAAGAAAUAAAAAAUUGUCAGCAAGUAGGCAGCUCGACCAAGCAGACACUUCCAUCCAAAAGAAAAAGCUCUCCUCGUAGCAAAGGCAAAAGUGUGUCAAAUAUGAAUGCUGAUCCACCUCUGGAUGUAUCCAGGGACUACAUCUUGUUCAGCCCCACGUGCCUCGCAGCGGCCAUGAAGAGGGCCAAACUCCAGCAAUCAUUACAGAAUCAGUCCGCCUCUGUGCUCACAGUCCCCACUGGCUUAGACGUCAGUACUCUCAAUGACACUUCACCUCAGCCAGGCAUUGCCUUGUGUGCUCCUGCGGGACAAGCUGAAAAGUUGCUGUUAUGCAGCUGGGGCUUACCAAAACCUGUCCUGGAGCGCUACCAGAAACAUGGAGUCACUCACAUGUUCGAAUGGCAGGCUCAGUGCCUCACUGUUGGGCAGGUGCUGCAGGGAGGUAACCUGGUGUACUCUGCCCCCACUAGUGCUGGAAAAACUCUGGUGUCAGAGCUGCUGAUGUUGAAGCGUGUGUUGGAGACUAAAAGAAAAGCUCUCUUCAUUCUGCCGUUUGUCUCUGUGGCCAAAGAGAAGAUGCACUACCUUCAGAGUGUAUUUGAAGAGGCAGGAGUUCGUGUGGAGGGAUAUAUGGGCAGCACCUCAGCUGCUGGAGGGUUCACAGCACUCGAUGUGGCUGUUUGCACCAUAGAAAAAGCCAAUUCUCUCAUUAACAGACUCAUUGAGGAGGACAAUAUGGGCCUACUAGGUAUGGUGGUGGUGGAUGAGUUACAUAUGGUUGGAGAUUCUGGGAGAGGAUACCUGCUAGAACUGCUCCUUACCAAAAUCCGCUACAUUGCGCAGAAGCAGAACACCACUGGGUCUCUCUCUGAGGGUGUACAGAUCAUAGGUAUGAGUGCCACAUUGCCUAACCUCUCCCUCCUGGCAAGCUGGUUAGGUGCAGAGCUAUACCAGACAGACUACAGACCCGUACCCCUGCAGGAACAUCUCAAGGUGGGCUGCAACAUCUACGACAAGAGCCUCACAGUGGUCCGGCAGUUCACUCCUGCACUCCACAUUAAGGGUGAUGAUGACCACAUAGUGAGCUUGUGCUAUGAGACUGUGAGAGAGGGCCGCUCUGUGCUGCUGUUUUGCCCCUCGAAGAACUGGUGUGAGAAACUGGCAGACAGCAUUGCCAGAGAAUUCUACAACCUCAGACAUGCUGAUUGUCAGGGUGAAGCGGAGCCUCAGCCAGUGUCGCUGGAUCGAGAGGGACUAGUGGAUGUUGUAGCACAGUUGAGGCGAACUCCAGCUGGUUUAGACCCCAUCCUCCAGCGAACGGUGCCAUGGGGGGUGGCCUUCCACCACGCUGGUUUGACAUUUGAUGAACGUGACGUGUUGGAGGGAGCUUUUCGUGGGGGCAUGGUCAGAGUCCUGGCUGCCACCUCUACCCUCUCAUCAGGGGUUAAUCUUCCAGCUCGCAGGGUUAUCAUUCGAACCCCUACCUUCAAUGGGCACUUGUUGGACCCGCUCACGUACAAACAGAUGGCUGGACGAGCGGGGAGAAAAGGAGUAGACACUACAGGUGAGAGUGUGCUGGUGUGUAAGGAGGCAGAGCGUCAAAAAGGUAUUAGUCUCCUUAGGGGUGCUCUUCAGCCAAUCAGCAGCUGCCUGGUGAGAAGGGAGGGAGAAGGUGUCACCACCAGCAUGCUGCGAGCCAUCCUAGAGAUCAUUGUUGGAGGUGUAGCCAGCACUCCACAGGAUGUGAGGUCAUAUGCAUUGUGCUCACUACUGGCUGCCAGCAUGAGAUCUGGCGGCAAAAAAGAAUCAAAUGAAGAGACCAACAAAGGAGCAAUUGAGGCCUGCGUUGAAUGGCUGAUGGAGAACGAAUUUAUCACUAUCCAGAAGGACGGACAAGAAGAGCGGUACUGUCCGACUCAACUUGGUGCUGCCACCCUUUCCUCCUCCCUCUCCCCUCCUGAGGCUCUGGGAAUAUUUGCAGAUCUCCAGCGAGCCAUGAAGGGCUUUGUAUUGGAAAAUGACUUGCACGUUCUCUAUCUGAUCACCCCGUUGUACGCAGAGUGGACUACCAUAGAUUGGUAUCAGUUCUUCUGCCUGUGGGAACAGCUCUCGUCAUCAAUGAAGAGAGUAGCGGAGCUGGUGGGCGUCCAGGAAGGCUUUCUUGCACGAUCUGUCAGUGGCAAACUCAUCGCCAAGACAGAGAAGCAGCGGCGACAGAUGGCUAUUCAUAAACGGUUUUUCACCACCCUUGUGCUACAGGAUCUGGUGAAUGAGGUGCCGCUGGGAAUAGUGGCAUCCAAAUACAACUGCAAUCGUGGGCAGUUACAGUCUCUCCAGCAGUCUGCUUCUACAUAUGCAGGUAUGGUAACGGUGUUCUGCAAGCGUCUGGGCUGGCACAACAUGGAGCUGCUGUUGUCUCAGUACCAGACCAGACUGAGCUUCGGAGUCCAGAGGGAGCUGGUCGACCUUGUCAGGGUGUCCCUUCUCAAUGCAACACGAGCCAGAGCGCUGUACGCACAAGGCCUCUGUACUGUCGCUGAACUAGCCAGGGCCACUGUAGCUGAUGUGGAGAAAGCCCUGAGGAAUGCUGUCCCAUUUAAGAGCUCCAAGCGUGCAGUGGAUGAGAGUGAGGUGGAGGCAGCUGAGAGACGGAGCCUCCGCUGUGUCUGGGUCACCGGAGGUCGGGCCUUGACCGAACAGGAGGCCGCCAUUGAGAUAGUGUCUGAGGCAAGGCUCCUCCUUCAGGAGGACCUUGCCCGGUUGGGAGUUCAGUGGGACCCGACAUCACCUCCUCCGGGGGCUCCUGCUGUAAAUGGCCCUGAUGACUCCGACACCUCUUCUGCCUCAAAUCUCAGCUCACAUGAAUUGCAGGUCGAUCACAAUAAGGAUCACCUGGAGGGAAAUAGAAUCAAGAAAAGUGAGAGUAAAGAUAUUGACAGACAUGGAAAGAAGAAUGAGGAAGAAUAUACACGUGAAAAGGGGAUGUCAGAGAGGAAAAUGGAGAAAGCAGGAGGAGAAGCCAAGAGAAAGCAAGGGCAGUCAAAGCCUGAAGACAUGGUCGUUAACAGAAAAUUUGAGGAGCACAGAAGGGUAGACAGGACAGAGCCAGAAAUCAGACAAACAGGUGAUGAUGUGGAAGUGGACAAAGGCAUAGAUGUUGAAAAAAACAUGGCAAAUAAAAAAUUAUUGAUGGCAAAUGACUCAGAAGAUGAAAAAACAGAAAGGCAAAGGCACACAAGAUCAAAGCAAGAAAGGGAAGAGCGCAAGAAAGCAGAGCCAAAAGAAGGUAAGACAAGUAAAGGGAUUGUCUCAAUCAGGCCAGAGAGUCAUCAAGCAAACGCUCCUGUUCCUGAAAGGAGCCUGACACAGGAAUUAGCCGAGAUAGUCUCCAGCCCCCUGCUUCCACCGAUGCCACGUCCUCAGCCCUCUCCUUCCCCAAUGCCUCCUGCUCGGUUUAGAGCUCCAAUAUCUCGAGUAGAAGAACAACACAGUGCUCAUGCAAGGACAUCAAAAGGCCCUGCUGCCUCACCUGUGCAUCCAGGUAGGCUAAAGCACUCAAAAGCCUUAAGCAAAGUCCUCAACUCCAUACAAACUGACAAAGCCCUACAAGAUCAUGUAGAGACUGCACAGACAAUAAAUUCAAAACCCUUGGUAGCUUCUUCAGUCCAAAGUCCAGCACCUGAAGGCCAGGUACUGUUGCAGGUUCAAGCUCCCGACCUCGUGCAAGAACCCCCUCCCAAUGUUUCUGCACCUACAAAUGCAAAUACGUUAGACUCUCCCCUGACUGUCUCUCCUGCCUCUGUUCCCUUAUUCUCUCCUGAGGCAAAGCGAAGAAGGAUGGACGGAAUAGAUGUAGAUAAGUUUUCAUCUCCUGAGCUUUACGCAGGAGAAGAGAGAGAUGAGGAAGCUGAGGGAGACAUUAGAAAAGGAGAAGAGAGUUUCGGUGACAGCUUUGAAUUGGACACUCAGACAGAAAGAAUUAUUGUUCAACAGGCAUGCCAACACAGAGAUGGGAACGAUAGAGGUACAAGUCAGACGGUAGAAACAGACAAGAUAAGAGAGGAGGAAAUGGUAGAAGCAGCUGUAGAGCUGGAUAAGGACACAAAUGAGGGAAGUAACAGACUUGAAGCUCCUGACAACACAUGUCCUAGAUUUAACAUUUCUCUCACAGAGAGCCAGAUGGAACUCAUCCUUAACACCAGCCAUCAGAUUUCUCCUGGUCCAGGUGGUGAUGAUGUAGUUGAAGAUAAAGAUGAAAGUGGUGAAGAGGAUGCCAAUGAAGCUGCCUCCGAGAGUGUGAACAGAAGCAGUAGCUUCCUGUUCGACAGCCUGUAUGACAGCUCUCUGCUGGCUGCUCUGAGCCCACACCAUGUCCUCGACCAGUCAGACGAAGAUGAGCCUGCUGGCCAGGAGAUCACAGACCCCCUUCCGUCAACCCAGGAGCGAAGACGCAGCAAGCUUCUUGCCAAUCAAGAGGCAGAAAAGUGCGAGGCAGUCCAGUGGGGCGAGUCCUCCUUCAACCUGUCAGAGUGGGGUGACUCACUGCUGGUGGGUGAACACUUUCUGGAGAGGCAGAGCUUGCUCAGACAAACAGAGAGGACCCGAGAAGCCAGUCAUCCUGAAGCUCAGCAACCCAAUGCCAACUGUGUUCUGUCUGAGGAGCCCCAACCUAAACCCAGUCUGUUACAGCCACAACCCAGCACAACGGCUGCUACCACAACUCAAAAUGAGCAUGACAAGGAUAAAGCCAAUAAUAAUAAAGGCAGUAUACACAAAAUAAAACAGCACAAUAAUGCACAAAAUGACGAUAAACCAGGUGGGAGACAGGAGAUGGUGAAUGAAAAAGGUGAAAAUGGGAAGCAAGUAGAGACAAGAGCAGUGAAAAUGAAUGCUGUAUUGUCAGAUAAUGUGGUUUUAAAACAUCCACAAGUCCAGAAUGAACCUGAAAGCUCUUUUUAUUGCAGCCCUGGUUUACAAGAAAUCUUUGACCGCUGGCCUAGUAUGUCUGACCAGCCCACGCAAAGCACCACAGCAGGCCAUACAGCUGUUCAUAUACUCAAACAUGCUGCAAAUACAGCGGAAGUUCCAGAUCUGCCUCAGCCUUUAGUACAGGUGGACAGAAAAGAGGGAAAGCCAAACGUGCAGGAUGUUACUGCUGACAGUGAUUCUCGAGAGGAACAGCCCUCAAGACAUGACGGUGAGAAUGUAACAGAGAGACCAGGCUCUGCUGGCGAUCUUAUUCCCCCUACACAGGAAACGCCACCUGUCACACCCAGAGUAAAACUGACAACCUCAUCUGUCCAGUCGCCCCUCAUCGCUCAGCCAGUCAACCAGUCGACUCCCUCAACCCUUCUGCCGCGGAAACAGGCGAUCACAAAGUCUCGCCCAGGACGCAGUGAUCAUCUAUUGGAAGCUGUUGUCGACACUAAACAGCCUAAUUCUACAUCAGAGCACAGCUGUGAACACCAUCCAGGACAGAAACCAAAGACUGUUCCACUCUUGAGUUCGAAAGCAAAACCCCUGAUACACGCCGACCAGAUUCUCAGCCCUGCUCGAGUCUGCAUUUCUCCGUCCUCCCCCCGACCGAGGCUUCUGUCUGACGCAGAAUCACCGGUGACUGAUGAAGCCUUUACUCUUCAGCAGUCCCAGGAUGCAUCACUCUGUUCCAGCAACUCAGGAACCUUUUCCAUCAUAGAUGUAGCGAGUGACAGACGUCUCUUUGACACUUUCAUUAAUGAAUGGAAAACAAGGGACCGAUACUCUCUGGCUCUGGCCUGUGAAAAGAGGGAGCAUAGACAGCAGCCUGAGGGGGAAAUAGGAGGGAAACAUAAGAGAGCGUCAGCAGCUCUUCAGGCGCUCCACACAGUCGAUGGUUUUCCAGUAAGAAAAAGUGAUGGACAGGUGUUGAUUGGGCUGUCUGUCUGCUGGGGAGCAAGAGAUGCAUACUAUGUGUCUCUGCAGCAAGAGCAGAGCAAAGGUUUGAGCUCCAGUCUGGCCCCUCCUCCACUGGAGGGUGAUUUGCCAGUGAGUGAGAGGCUGCGGCAGGUGAAGGCCUGUCUGAGCAGGCUGGCUGGUCAUAGAGGAGGUGUGGUUGUCACUUAUGACAUCAUCCAGGUGUACAAGACACUAGUCCUGAGCUGUGGCAUCAGCUUGGAGGGAAACUGCGAAGAUCCCAAGGUUGCAUGCUGGAUGGUGGACCCUGGCAGCGAGGAGAGGACUCUACCCAACAUGGUGACUGUCUACUGUCCUGAAGAGUUACCUUUGCUGGACGGACUUGGGAACGCGCACGCACACUGUCCUCGUGUUAGGGCAGCAACCAAGAGCGUGCUCGUACACGCUGUCAUGAAUCAUCUCACUGGCCUGCUGGAGGAAGACGGCAUGCUUGACUUGUUCAGGAGCACUGAGAUGCCCUCCCAGGUGUCUUUGGCUCUGUUGGAGCUGAAUGGAGUGGGCUUCAGCGUUGAAGAGUGUGAAAGACAAAAACAUGUGAUGCAAGCCAAACUCACAGCACUGGAGUCUCAGGCUUACACCCUGGCUGGACACAGCUUCUCCCUCACCAGCAUCGACGACAUAGCGCAGGUAUUGUUUUUAGAGCUUCACCUGCCUCCAAACGGCGACGUGGCUGGAUCAAAAAGUAAGAAGACACUUGGCUACACCAGGAGAGGUGGUGGCAGAGUACGACUUGGAAAGCAGUUCAGCACCACCAAGGAUGUUCUGGAGAAGCUUCGCCCCCUGCACCCGUUGCCAGGUGUGAUUCUGGAGUGGAGGCGGAUCACUAACGCCUUGACUAAAGUGGUGUUCCCCCUGCAGAGGGAGAAGCAAUACCAUAGCACACUGGCCAUGGACAGAAUAUACCCUGUUGCCCAGACACACACAGCCACAGGUAGAGUGAGCUUCACUGAGCCCAACAUACAGAAUGUCCCCAAAGACUUUGAGAUUCACAUGGCCACGGUGGUGGGGGAGAGUCCGCCUUCACAAGACAGCCGCCACGUGACCAGCAAGCCAGGAAAGAAGAGAUGUUCUGUGGUGCCUUCAGCUGCAGCUGGCCGUGCAGAACAAGGCCCGGCCUUCUCCGUCAGCAUGAGACAUGCCUUUGUACCUUUUUCAGGUGGGAUGAUACUGGCAGCUGAUUAUUCUCAGCUGGAGUUGAGAGUGUUGGCUCACCUCUCCAAGGAUCAGCGCCUCCUUCAGGUGCUGAACGGAGGAGCAGACGUGUUUCGCUGCAUCGCUGCUGAAUGGAAAACCGUUGACCCAGAGUCCGUUAACGAUAACCUCAGACAACAGGCAAAACAGAUCUGCUAUGGCAUUAUCUAUGGGAUGGGAGCCAAGUCUUUGGGGGAGCAAAUGGGAGUGGAGGAGAAUGAUGCAGCCUGCUACAUAGAGAGUUUCAAGGCCAGAUACAAAGGGAUCAAUACUUUUCUUAGAGAAACUGUGAAGAACUGUAUAAAGAACGGUUAUGUUCAAACUCUGAUGGGCCGUAGGAGAUACCUACCUGGGAUCACUAACCCCAAUGUGCACAUCAAAGCACAUGCAGAGCGUCAGGCAGUGAACACAACUGUACAGGGUUCAGCAGCAGACAUUGUUAAACUUGCCACCGUGAACAUCCAGAAACGACUACGAAAAACAUAUCCUUCUGCGCCACUCUCUCACCAGCACACACACUCAGCCAGCAAUCACUGCAGGGUCGGGACCUCUCACCUCAGAGGAGCCUACUUUGUCCUGCAGCUGCAUGAUGAGCUCAUCUAUGAAACCACAGAAGAAGACCUCAUACAGGUUGCUCAGAUAGUGAAGAGGGAGAUGGAGUCAGCAGUUAAACUGUAUGUUAAGCUGAAGGCCAAAGUCAAGGUGGGACCCAGCUGGGGCAACUUGCAGGACCUUGAUAUAUAAUGUGAUGAUGUUUGAUAUUGGAUUAUAUGUUAAUACUCCCACUUGUACUGAAAAUCUGUAUUUUUUUUAAUCACUACAUAAACAAUAAUGAAAUGUACGAUAACUGCAUGCAUAUGACUGCAUUAUAUUUCUAAAUGAAUUAUUGAAUGUAUUUAUAAUGCUAUUUAACGGUGUACAUUGUCACGAAUUGUAGUUUUUGUAAAAAGUAUAGAAUUUUAUUCACUGAUAUCCCAAUACUUGUCAUGAGAUUUUAUGCAAGAUGGUACUCUGAUACUGUAAUGUAAUAACUUAAUAAGUUUUUGUCUAUUAUUUUCUCUAUUUUGAAAUCCUGUCACUCAAACAUUUUUUUAUUAUUAAUGUUUGAUCUCUUUUUUUCAUGAAUUGUUUACUCUCAAAAAAUGUGGAAAAAAAAGGCCCAUUGCAAUUUGUCAGAGCCCAAGCAGAUGUGUGCAUCUCUUGUUUCAUUCAA